AUGCAGCUUCAAGUCUUCCUCGUGGCCCUGGCAUCAAUUGCCUCUGCUCUUCCUGUCUUGGACUCCAACCCGAAUGCCAUCGUUGCACGUGAAGCCUCUCCAGAACCACGUCUUGUUUACAACGGACGCGAUCCCUUGAACCUGUAUCAAUGGCAGAACGCACGAAACUACAGACCCUGGGGCCAGCAACGCGGUCCAAUCUUCAGGCAGCUUGAUCAAUCUGGCAGAAACACCAACGUCUACUACGACCCAUACAACACCCGGGGUGGAGGUGUCCGUGUUGGCCGUAAGCCUAAUGGCGACGCAUACAUAAUCAAUGGCGGUACAGAAUGCGUCGAGUUCGAUCAAGAUGGGAAUUGUGAAGCAGCCGUCGCAAAGUAG